GAGGGACAUGUCGUUUGGGGAGAGGACGUUCCCAUACUGCAGGCCCGCCGUGAUGAAUGACCACUUCGACCGCAAGCAUCUUGGGGCGAUGGGUGAGAAGGCGCGCAACAGCCAGAUCAGUUGUGAGCACCUGAAAUGCAAGGAGCAGGGGCUGGAGCUGGAGGAACUGGACCAUUUCCGGAACCACGUACAACGUGUCCACGGCGUCAGGUUUCGGCCUGGGAACCUUUUUCGUCGGUUUAUUAGGUUUGUCUGGCUGCCGGUCGGGACGGGGUGUUGGUGGAGUGUGAUUAAAGGUGAGAGCUUAUCCCUUGGCUGUCAGGAGGCUUCCGCAGCAUUUUCAGGGCGAGGGAACGGCGCGUCAAGCGAUGGUGGGCUGAGGACUAGCCAUUGAGAUUAUACACCUCGCUCUAGAAAGGGAUUGCCUG